CUGCAGUCCAGGAGAGACCAUGUCCGCCGUCAUAAGCAAACUGUACUCACCUCUACUCUCAUUUAAAACUCAUUCUCCAUGAAAUAACAGAGACACGGGGCCCUAAGGAUGGCCAACUCGGGUGCUGUUCAGGUGAAACUAGAACUUGGUCAUCGAGCCCAGUUCAGAAAGAAACCCACCGUGGAAGGCUUCACCCAUGACUGGAUGGUGUUUGUGAGAGGACCGGAGCACAGCAACAUCCAGCACUUUGUGGAGAAAGUGGUAUUUCACCUGCACGAAAGCUUCCCUAAACCAAAAAGAGUGUGCAAGGACCCGCCGUACAAAGUGGAAGAGUCUGGAUACGCAGGCUUCAUCCUGCCUAUUGAAGUAUACUUCAAAAACAAGGAAGAACCGAAGAAAGUUCGCUUUGACUACGACCUGUUCCUCCACCUGGAGGGCCACCCGCCCGUCAAUCACCUGCGCUGUGAGAAGCUCACCUUCAACAACCCUACAGAGGAGUUUAGACGGAAGUUACUGAAAGCCGGAGGGCAACGUGAUCCUCACAAACGAAGCUCAGAAGACUCAAAAGUGAUGGUGAUGCAGGAGGGCUCCACCUCUCUGUUUGGACAGCACCUGAAGCUGCCCACCCUCCCCAACAGCUCGCUCACGUCCUCCUUCUCCGACCCAAAGAAGAGCAAGAGCUUCCACAGCUCAAAGGAUGGUUCCAAAGGAGGAAGCACAGCCCUCCUCACCACCGCCACAACCACCAGCACCAACAGCAGCAGCUUCUCCAAACUCCACAAACCCUCCAAGGACCACAAAGAAAAGCCUCCAAAAGACUUGAAAGAGCCCAAAAGUGCCUUCAGAGACUCUGGCUGGGAAUCCAGCAAAGCCCCCAAAGAACCUUCCAGGAAACCCAAAGAGAACCAGCCACUUAGAGAUAUCAAUCCUAAGAUGGGCUUCAAGGAACCCAAGUCUUUGUCCAAGGAGCAUCGGACUGAAGGGAUGACCCACGGGUCAGGGCUGAACAAGCGUCUGUCCACGGACGCUGAUGAUCAUGUUGCCAAAAAACGUAAAAAGGGAUUUGUGGAUUCAUCAGGGAAGUCAGAUGCUCGACAUUCGGAUAAGAAACUCUUAAAGGAUAGAUCACACGUCCGGACAAGUAAAUCAAGACCAGAAGGAGACGAUGCAGAACGCAGAAAGAUUUCAACACUUCCACCAUUCCAGGAACUGAUGGACCCCAACGACUCAGAUAUGGAGGACCAGUCCAACAAGUCAGAUUCUGAGCAGCCCAGUCCAGCCAGUUCCAGCUCCAGUUCAGGCUUCGCUCCCACACAUCACAAACGACAAGUGGUCGACUUCAUCAUCAGGAACACGGUGGCUCUUCCUGCCACCACUCAAACAGUGUUGGGCCCGCUGCAGUCAGUCAUGCAGGAUCUGCACUCAGAUGACAACGACGAAGAUUCAGAGGAGGACGACGACAACGACAUGGACUCUGAUGGGGAGCGACCAGCACAUACACAUCACUCCCAUCACCAACGCAGGGUCAGUUUGAGUGACGGCAGUGAGAGUGACAGCUCCUCGCCUUCACCUCCAUCCCGAAUUGAAGCCCCGCCCUUAUUAAAGACUACUAACAACCAGAUUCUGGAGGUGAAGAGUCCGAACAAGCAGAGCAAACAGGACAAGAACAGAAACCUUGACUGUGAUAAGGCAUACCUGGAUGAGCUGGUGGAGCUGCACAAAAGACUGAUGACACUAAGAGAAGGUCAUAUACUCCAACAGAUUGUGAACCUAAUCGAGGAAACAGGACACUUCCACAUCACGAACACGACGUUUGACUUCGACCUGUGCUCGUUGGACAGGAGCACGGUCAGAAAGCUGCAGAGUUACCUGGAAACUUCCGGACUGUCGUGAAGCUCUGAGCAGCUGGCUGCACACAGACUUUUGAUUUUUCUUUCUUGAAUAAACUCUGGAUGCAAUGCAAACUCCCCCGCCGCGGCCGGGUCCAGCUGCUGUGUGUUCGGCCUGCCCGGUUAGACGGAGAAGUGGUCGUCGUCGUCCGGCUGCAAGAAUCAGAGCCAGGUGAGGAUGAGGCCUGUCGAUCAGGUGAUCACCCAGGAAGCCUUUAAACGCCGUGAGGAGUGGCCGCCUUGUUGCUCUUAAUGAAUGUGCAUAAUGUUACCGAGUUUGUUUCCUGAUUCGUUGUUCUUUGUGACAGAUGCAUGGUCAAACAAUGCCUUACAACUUUGUAAGUCUUAUUUAUUGAAUUUAAUUUGCAGGUGUGUGUGUGCGUGUGUGUUUGAUAAAAAAAAGAAAAGCAGCAGAAUGAGACUUUGAUGAAGCACUUCACAACAGGCCUGGACCCCAAUCACCACCAUACUCCAUUAAAAACCAUCCUGAAUUGGUUCAAUGGGAACAGAAAACUGCCACAUUUAGGGAAAGAGACUUCACACAGACAUGCAGACUGUUUUAAUUUUUAAAAACCAACAUGAGCUCCAUAAAGAGGAGAUAUUUAGACAUCACUAACAUGUGGUGUGCUUUAAAAUACCUGCAGAGGGCUAGACUGGCAUGGCUGAAUUACAAUCUAGCUGAAGACCUCUGAUUUUCAGAGAAAAACUUGAUUUGGGAUCAAACUUGUUGAUUUUAUUCCAAUCACUGUCAAGAUUUGCUUUGCUCACAAGAAGCUAGAUGCUGUGCUUGAGCUUCCUUGUGUCACAUCUUUAAUAAAAUAAUGCAAAUGGUAACUUUUCUGACACUUUUGGAGAAUGAUUUACAUCUCCUUUUUAAGCCUGGUUCAGGAUAAAUAAUUAGGACACAACAAGACCAUUUGCAGAAGUUGCAGCCAUGCAAACGGAGCAGUUGCAGCUUGAAUCGGGCCAGUUGAUCAUUUAGUUUGUCACUUCUCCAGCUAGUGGUUGUAGAGCAUAAGGUGCAUCAUGUGUUUCGACUAAUCAGCACCUCAGAGCCCAAAAAAGAAGCCAGCUGGUUAUAUCAUCCACAAAAGAUGUGACUGUUUUCAACCUUUCCAUGUGAAAUAGAGGCUUGGUAGUUAGUUUUUGCUCUGCCUAUUAGAGGUAUUCCCCUGAACCAGUGGUUCCCAAAAUGGGGAUCAGGACCCUCCAGAGGGCCACAAGUCACUGAGAAGGGAUCGCAAGAUGCCCUCCAUUAAACAAAGAAAAUUUUAGCUGAUUUCAAAUGCUAUAUGUCAAUCCACCAUAGUAGGAAAUUAAAAAAAAAUCCUUCAAAAGUAAGUCUGCAAAGCACCAUUAGUGAAUUUGCAUGGUUGUAUGCAGCACAACAGAGGUUUAUCCACCUCUAGGAACAGUGGGGGCCCUCAGGGUGUAGCACCAUUAUUGUGGGCUAAAAACGUUUGCUUUUGCCUUUUUUCUUUAGGGCCCCCCUUCUCGUAUCUAAGAAAAGCUAGACCCCACACUACCAACAUUUGGAAAUUUAAACAGCAAUUUAAAUUGUUUUCAUUGAGAAUACCCCAGCAUAAAAGGCCUGCAUCCACUUGUUCUUGCCAAGAGAUCUAUGUUGAAACUAUUAAUUAUUACAAAGGUGUAUUAGGGCCACUCGAGAAAUCUGUUAAUUUUCAAGAGAAAAAAAAAAACUGAAAUUCUCAAGUUUGAAGGCCAUUAAUUCAUGAGAAAAAAAAGUUUUGUUUUUUUUUUUUACUUCAAAAGACAGUUUUUGAGAUCAUAAAAGUCAAAAUCCAGCCACUGUUUUCAGUUUUGUUUCUCGUAAUUGUUUGAUUUCAUGCUGUUUUGAAUUAAUGAUUUUUAAAACGUUAGAUUUUUGGGUUUCCACUGUGUCGCUGUAAAAUCUAUCCAUUAUUAUGGAGAUGUAUAUGAGCAGAAAUCUGUUAAUUUUUAAGGAAAAAAAACUGGAAAUUCUCAAGUUUAAAGUCAUUCAUUUACAAGAAAAAAAGUUAAAUUUUAUGACUUCAAAAGCUAUAAAUAUACUCGAACCAAAAUUUAGAGUUUUUGAGGUUAGAAAGUCAAAAAUCCAGCCGCUGUUUCCAGUUUGGUUCACUCUUGAUUUUUUUUACUUCAGUGUUAUACAUUUUAUGAUUUUAGAAUUUUUUUCUAAUUUUCUAAUGUCAAAUUUAAAGACUUUUGGGAUCAGAAAUUUUGAGUCAUAAAUUCACAGCUUUUUAAACCAUGAAAUUCUGUGUGUUUUCUUGUAGAUAUUCAACCUUAUAAUAAAACAAAUUUCGAUCAUUUUCCCCCCAAAUUUUAACUUUAAUCUCAAAAAUCAAUAGCUCCUUGGGAACCACUGGAUUGGGAACCACUAAUGUAGUCUUUUUUUCCGGUGAUGCUGGAGACAAAUUUGACAAGUUUAAAAUCUAAACUGAUUUAAAAACAUGGGAGAUCACAGACAUAAUGACAGUUUCAACCAUUAUAAUCCUCCAAAGCACUCACUAGACAAUUCAGCCACACCAGGAAAGCCUAAAACUGCUGAUUGUAGUAAGAAUCUCUCAGUGUAGAUUCCACAGACAUGAGAUCUCACAGAAACUUGAGGUCAAAUGUGACUUCAGAAGAAAAAACAAAAAUGGAGAACAACUGAAAUCAUCAACUAACUGUCCUGGCAUGAGCUUUAGAUUCUGCAAAAAAAAAAAAAAAAAAAAGAAAACCCUGAAUACAUGAAAGAGAAUAUGAGUGGAAUACUGCCGUAAAUGACAGUGUGGUCUUUAGGUUUCCUGCCAUGUUUGUGAGCUUUAAACCCUGAUCUGGACUCAUCAAAUCAGAGGCUCUGACUAAAUCAGGAGUAGUUGAAAUAAUCGACACCACACACUUGAGGAUUAUUGUGAAAGUUCUCGCUUGCAUCAGGCCCCUCCGUUGAUGUGGGAGAAAUCAGGCUAAAUCAUCUGAUGUGCAGCCUGUCCAGGUUACAUUUGUGAAAACAUAAUUUUGAAACCAUUUGACCUAAAAGUGGCUUAUUUUGUAAAUAAGCCACCUUUUCUUUUUGAAGCAUUUAACAGAAAAAAUAUUAAAUUCAAAAAUAAUAGAAAGUCUCUGCAGGGCUAAGAUCCAAAUCCUCAGACUUUUUUACACUUUUAAAAUUAACAACACUACAUGAACGCGUACAUCCUAAUUGCACAGGCAUACAAAUUUUAAUUUGCAAAGAUGGUGAUCGUGAAGCAUUAAGUGGCAGUUUUUGUUCCCAUGUUUGUCAUUGUACUAAAAAACGCCUAGGAGAGUCUGCUGCACAGAGCUGAGCACAAAUCAGGACCGUUGAAGUUUUCAAAAAUACUUCUUUAUUUUUUUGUUUUUAACCAAAACGAGGAGAAAAGUCCUCAUAUCAACUCAAAGAAGGCUUUAAUUGGCUGUUUCUACUGCUGCAGGGCCAAAAUAAAAUCAAAGUUAGGAUGAAUAAAGCACUCAUGAAACCAUAAAGAGAUCAGACCAAGCCCUGUUAGCAUAAUAAAAUGUUUUUGUUAAAUCUAAAUCAAGUCUUUGGGACUGUUUGGGCUGACAGCUUCUGUUACGGGUGUAAAAUUUAAAAAAAAAAAAAAGUUUUUAUUUAUUCAACAGGAACUUGAGUUGUUCAAUGGAAGCUCAGCAUUCAUUUUCCACUUAGAGAAAAGGUUUGUUUGAUUUCUGCAGGAUGGAUCCUCUCCUAAAUGACCUUAAAGGGUUUUUUUUACCCUCCGUUCUGUCUUUAAGGUUUCUUGUGUAUUUUGAGGACAAACAAUGAAUAUUCUGUAUGAUGUACAGAUGACUUAUUAAAUCAUUUGUGGAUGAA